AUCCUGCCCCUGUGUCUGUCGCAGAGUUCUCCUUCCAUCCCCGGGCUCUAGCCAGGUCAGACUGUGGGAGGGCCUGAGCCAUGACUUUCCACCUGACUACCCUGCUGGGCCUAGGGACCUGGCCCAAACCCUCCAUCUCAGCUGAGCCAAACACUGUGAUCUCUCAGGGACAGCCUGUGACCAUCGUGUGCCGAAGCCCUAAGGAGGCUGAGUUGUUCCGCCUGGAGAAGGAUGGUAAAAACUCUACAUUUGAGGAUGUUAAAGCUCAGCCUGGUGAAUAUAAGACAGAGGCCAGAUUCCUCAUCAAAUCAAUCAGUGAAGACACUGCCGGGCGUUAUCAAUGCCUCUAUCACAAACGAUCCUGGUCUGAGCGCAGUGAUACCCUGGAUCUGGUGAUGAGGACCUCACCAGCCUCCACUACAGCAGCAGCUCUGCCCUCAGACACACCUACUUCCAGUGGCCUAGAGAGGAAGUAUCUCUACGUUCUCAUCGGGGUCUCUGCAGUCUUCCUCCUUUGUCUCUUCCUCCUGGUCCUCCUCCUCCAUCACCAGCAUCAGAAAAAACAGGGGUCCCCCAGCAGCAAGGACACAGAGCAGAAGCCACAGCAGAGGUUCAACCAGGCUGUUGAUGUUCCUGAGAGGAAAGCAGAUGUGGCCACUGCUGAUGGACUUCCUGAGAAGGAUGGAGAGGAGGGCAUCCCAACCUCUGUUGCAAGGAACUCCCAGGAGGUGACGUAUGCCCAGCUGGAUCACUGGGCCCUCACACAGAGGCCAGCCCAAGCUUCAUCCCCGCAGAUCCUGGAGCCUGUGGCUGAGUUCAGCACAUAUGCGGCCAUUUCCAGAAACUAACCUCAUGCCCACCUGGCCCUUGCAACUGAUGACACAGGAAGUCACUCUUGGAAAGCCACGGCAGCGCUUACGAGGGCUCCCCAUGACAUUCAUUCUGGUCUGGAACGCUGGCCAGUCAGCUCUCCCAGGGAUAAGAGCUGGAGCCUGGAGGUCUCUAAUCAAUAUCCAGAAAAUUUAUUAGCCAAGUGGUUUCUUCCACAACUGACCAGAUAACCUGGAAAGAAUGCAUUGUGGCUGUUUCCAGAGCCCCAGCCACAGUCACCUGGUUGUUUCCAGAGACCCAGCUCCUGUCACCUGUCUGUUUUCAGAGCCCUUGGCUAUAAGCACCUGGUUGUUUCCAGAGACCUGGCUACAGUCACCUGGCUGUUUCCCAAGGCCUAACUCCAGCCACCCAGCUGAUUUCAUGAACAGUGUUGUGAUCUCCCAGCUGGUCCUAGAUGGCUCCUGUGAACCUCCAACUGCUCUCAGAGACUCCAGUGUAAUUAGGUGUUCAACUGACCUUACUGACCUUCCCAGUAUUAAUUGUUGACCUUGAGGCUGGGCUAUACUUUUGCAACUGAGAGCUCAGGCCAGUUUCUCUGGGUCCUGCUUUACAUUGUGCACCAGUAAGUAGUUUUAAAGCCUUAACAUCUGGCAGCUCUGUGUUGGGCCCUGGGGUGCACAGUCACUUGGACCACAUCUCUGCCUUCACAGUUGCUCAAAGCUGAGUAGAAGAAACAAGAGCUACAAAGGAGAUGGCAGCUUUUUUUCUUAACUUUUUUGUGUUUAAGUGACCAAGAUUGUAUAUAUCCAAGCUGUACAAUGUGAUAAUUUGCUAUCCACAUUCAUUUGCAAUGAUUGCCACCAUCAAGUUCAUUAACACAUCCAUCACCACCCACAUGAGAUCUUCUGAACUUGUUCGUCUCAGGACUUGGAGCUGGUGUCAGUGUUUCCUGAUGGAAUGUGUAUGUCAGGGAUGCCUGAGGUAGGGGCUGAGAGGAGGCCUGGGUGGGGGCAGGCAGAGAGCCGACCACUCCUACCAAUAGCUCCACACAUGUGCAUACGUGGGAGGAUGCACUCACAUGCACACUAAGGCAAAUGCACACGUGCAUACACACAGGCAAACACACAUGC